AUGUUGACGCGACGACGGACGGGCGGACAGCCGCCGCCGCCGCUCUCCGAGUCUCUGUUUAUUCAAGCCUGCAGUACGGAAUAUCCCCUACAAUUAUCCUACCGAGCAAAAGGCGAUUUUCUUGCAUUCCAACAAGAGUACGUUCAGGAUUCAUCUAUUCAUCUUGCCAGCAAACAUGUCACGAAAUUAGUCCAAGCAAGUGGUAAUGAAAAUGUUGAUGGAGAUGGAGGCACCUCCAGAAGAGAUGGAAUGGAGAAUCUUGGUGGAGGUACUUCAAGAAGAGAUGACAGUGAGAAUCCUGAUAGAGGAACUUCUAGAAGAGAUGCAAAUGCAGCAAACACCAACUAUACACGUAUAAUGGAGCUUAAUAUUUACAUCGACAAUGUGCGAGCUGAUGCUAGAUUUACCCAAGUGGCCACUAUUUCUGAGCUUGGUAAACUGAUAUGGUAG